GAUCAAUGCAACUCGCUCUUGUUUCUGCUGCACCACACCCCCCUCCCCCCCCCCACCCUAAAAAACGACCACCCUCGCUUUCAUGCAAACGGACUCGAGCGUGCAUGUUACAAACACUUUGACUCUUGUCGGUAAGGAGAGGGACCACGCGGCUCACUUUUGGUGCGUUUUAUUUUGACAGGUUUUGGUGCCGCAGGUAUCUGCAAACCUUCACCCGGAGCGUCCCAGCCCCGCGAUCUCCAUUUCCUUCACCUGGGAGCCUGACAGGGUCGGGGCCGACAUGCUGUGAAGUCAUUUCCACGAGCGAAACAGUGGAUUUGACGCGUUUCUGUGCGCAUGAGUGGCACCAUGCAAGGACAGAGGAGCAGAGGACUGGAGGACCUGAGGCUGCUGCUCCUGUGCCUCUGCGUGGCCAUCCUCGCCUCCGGAGCGCAAGCGGGUGGGAAGAAGCACAGCGGCCCCUGUGGAGGAAGAGACUGCAGCGGAGGAUGUAAAUGUUUCCCAGAGAAGGGUAGCAGGGGUCACCCUGGCCCUCUCGGCCCCCAGGGCCCCAGCGGGCCUUUGGGGAGACCAGGGGAUGUUGGUAUUGAAGGCCCAAAGGGGCAGAAAGGUGACCGCGGCCGUAGCGGCAUCAUAGGUCCCAAAGGCGAUGCGGGAAUGGCCGGUGUUCCUGGAUUUUCUGGAAACAAUGGCAUCCCUGGCCACCCCGGACAAGCCGGACCCAGGGGCAAGCCAGGUGCAGACGGCUGCAACGGGACGCAGGGCGAUUCAGGGUUACCAGGGCAACCCGGCUAUCCUGGCCCACCUGGUUUUACUGGACAGUCGGGCUGGAAGGGACAGAAGGGGGACUCUCUGGACGUCAGUGUGUUCAUGAGGCGCUUCAGGGGAGAUCCAGGCACACCAGGAUUCAACGGAAUAUUGGGGCUUCAGGGAAAUCCGGGAUGGGUGGGUAACAGAGGUAUACCAGGACCAAAGGGUCCCCCAGGGCCUCCCGGUCCCCGUGGACCAAAGGGCAACAUGACCAAAGUGCUAAAGGGAUUCAAAGGAGGACAAGGAGAUAUCGGACCACCAGGGCCACCAGGAAACUCUACUCAUCAGCAGGUCAAACCACCCUCGGCGCCUCGUGGAGAGAAAGGUGUGAAAGGAGAAUCAGGAGACCCGGGUGACAACAAAGGAGAAACGGGUGUGACGGGAUUACCUGGACCGCGGGGCUUGUCUGGCAAAGAUGGGCGUCCUGGGCUUCGGGGGGACACCGGAGAUGAAGGACCACGCGGUGCAGAUGGUGCUAAGGGAGACAGAGGUGACCCAGGAGAACUGAUAUCAGACCCCGGGUCUACAAUAGCUGGUCCUCCCGGUCCUCUUGGUGAGCAGGGUCCGCAGGGAGAGAGGGGUACGGUUGGAGACCAAGGCGUCCCCGGACGUCCGGGUAUUCCCGCCUCUGACACCCAGCAACAAGUUUGGGAUUUUAUGGGGCCAUUUGGUACGAAAGGGGAGUCAGGAGAGAAGGGCCAACCAGGGGAACCAGGACGCUCUGCUGAGACUGCCGGACCCCCGGGGGACAAGGGGCGCCCGGGGCCCAGUGGCCCUCAAGGUCCGAAAGGAACAUGGGCCGAGUACUUCAAAGGGGCUCCCGGUGGGAGAGGAAGACCCGGCAACGCAGGCUUAAAAGGAGGGAAAGGCGAUCACGGGCUGUGUGAAUGCAAAGUGGCACACUCUCUACCUGGGCCACUUGGCCCUGCUGGUGAUGCUGGUGAUGCCGGGAUGACUGGAGAGUUUGGUCGGGAGGGGGAUUCAGGCGACCCGGGUCCCGAAGGAAACAAGGGAUUACCUGGAUCUCCUGGUGCCGACGGCCCAACGGGUCCAAAGGGUCGAAAGGGGGAUUCGAUCGUGGCCUCACAAAAAGGAUAUCAUGGAGAUCCAGGGGAUCACGGGCGAGACGGUGAGCCCGGCGCUUUGGGUGCUCCAGGCCCAGAUGGUUUGCCUGGCAUCCCUGGGAGCCGAGGUUUUCCAGGAGAAGGUCCCAAAGGAGAAGUGGGAGACAAAGGUUUCCCAGGCCGGCCUGGUCUACCUGGUGUAUCCGGACUAAUUGGGACAGAUGGUAGAGUCCUUGGUGGGGUCAAAGGCCAACGUGGUUUACCUGGUGAAGAUGGCCUUGCGGGUUAUGAUGGAUUUCCAGGGACACCUGGCGCGCCAGGCGGCUGUAGUGAAACAGGAGAUGAAGGACAGGUGGAUAUAACAGGUCCAUGCGAUGCUGUUCCUGGACCUCCUGGGCUGCAUGGACCUCCAGGACCUAACGGACUACCAGGAUUCCGAGGUCCUCCGGGGCAAAAAGGACCACAGGGUCCAUUAGGAGCAAACGGAGAAAAAGGCGAAACAGGAGAUCAAGGCAUUGGUGGCUAUCCUGGACCACCAGGUUUUUCUGGCCCCCGUGGAGACUUGGGAGUUCCAGGGAGCAAAGGUUCAGUGGGAACCCCUGGUGUGCCUGGUGCAAGAGGCCGGUACGGGUUGCAAGGUGAGAAGGGUGUUCACGGAGAGAUCUUUGGAGCAUCGACAGGACCCCCCGGUGACCCAGGAUUGCGUGGGAUUCAAGGCAAUAAAGGCCAGAUCGGAGAUCCAGGAGCAUUCGGCUUUCCAGGAAUACCUGGCAUGCCUGGCAUGAUCGGCUUCAAGGGUGAGCAUGGCCCUUUGGGCCUGCAGGGAGAGGAGGGGAGACCUGGGCCAGCAGGCCAGUACGGCUACCCCGGUGAUCCUGGACAAGCAGGUCCUCUAGGCACGCUCGGGAGUCCUGGACAGCCAGGAUUCACUGGAGAGAGGGGAACUGAAGGUGACCUGGGUCCACCUGGUCCAAUAGGAUUAAAAGGCAUCCCAGGGAAUUAUGGUAAUGAUGGUGUUGUUGGAGAGUCUGGCCCACCAGGGGACGGGGGACCACCGGGUGCAGAUGGACGUCCAGGACUUCCAGGAAUAAAGGGAGUCAAAGGGUCCCCUGGCAUGUCAGGUUUUGAUGGGAUCAGGGGUGAUAUAGGGCCAAAAGGCUUCAGUGGUUUUGCCGGAGAACCUGGAAUUCCGGGACAAGUUGGCUUAAAAGGAAUGAAGGGUUUAAGUGGAGAGAAAGGUAAUCGUGGUUUGAACGGGCCACCUGGAGCUAACCCUAAAAUUCCCCCCAAGAUGAUUGCUAGCAUGAAGGGAGUCAAGGGUGACUUCGGACAAUAUGGGAAUAAAGGUUUUACCGGGCCGAGAGGUAUUAAGGGUUUGCCCGGUGUGCCGGGCUACGAGGGAACUCAUGGUCAUCCUGGAAGCCCCAGCAAUAAGAAAGGUUACCGUGGAGAACUGGGUGCGGAGGGUUUGCCGGGGAUGAAAGGAAUGCCAGGCCCAACUGGCAACCGAGGAAUUCCUGGUUUUGAGGGAAUGCAAGGCAACAGGGGGAUUAAAGGAAGUCCUGGUGCCUAUGGAGCCUCAGGAGACACAGGAAGGAAGGGAGGCAAAGGUGAUAAAGGGUCACGCAUAGACCUUCACGGAACCACUGGACUGAGAGGAGAGUAUGGCCUUCCAGGAGAACCAGGCCAGAAAGGUUUAACUGGACAAACGGGGGACAGUGGUUCACCUGGUUUUGAUGGAAUCGAAGGCAGAAAGGGAGAGGCAGGUGAUCCGGGAGCAGGAGGGUACCCAGGCGGUGAUGGGCAGAGGGGCACUCCUGGUAACCAAGGUCAAAAAGGCUUUCCUGGAACUCCUGGAAAAGAUGGAAACCCAGGGUUACCUGGUUUCCCAGGAAACAAAGGUUUCCCUGGGCUGAAAGGCCUUUAUGGAUUAGAUGGACUGAAGGGACAGAAGGGUAUCCGAGGAACACCAGGUCUGGACAGCAUCGGACCAGCUGGGGAUCCAGGAGGCAAAGGAGAAAGGGGAGAGGGUGGCGACCCCAACAGCCAGCCUGGUGCUCCUGGCUCUGUGGGUUUGAAAGGCUUCCAGGGAUCUCAAGGGGACCAAGGUCAACCUGGACAGCCGGGAUUGCGUGGCCCCGAAGGACCAAGCGGGACCCCGGACAGACCAGGACGCAGUGGUGACCCGGGCUCUACGGGACCUAAAGGUUACCUAGGUUUCCCUGGAGCCAGCGGCUUCCCUGGUGUGGAUGCUCCCCCUGGUGAGAAGGGUGUGGUGGGAUUAAACGGGUAUCCUGGAGUCCCCGGUAGGAAAGGAUUCAAAGGAGAUCAAGGAUCAUUUGGAUACCGGGGGCCAAAUGGGGUUUCCGGAAAGAAAGGCGUAAAGGGAGACCAAGGAGUAAUGGGACUUCCCGGUAUUAUCGGUGUGAAGGGAGAAAGAGGCCCCGCCGGUCCAAAAGGAAACACUGGACCUCAAGGUUUUAAAGGAUUUCCAGGAAACCAGGGUCCUACUCCCUUCCCUCUUCGCCUUCCAGGAGAGAGGGGCCAUGGAGGACCACAGGGUAUCCAAGGACCUAAGGGCCACAGCGGGGAACCAGGGCCACAGGGCCCCCCUGGUGGUGCAGGUUUCAUUGGACCCAGUGGGCAGAAGGGCAUGCCCGGGAUUAGUGGUCAUCCAGGAACACCUGGAUUUCGUGGAGAGUUUGGAAAAGUGGGCCACCCCGGCCUGUUGGGAAUGGAAGGUCGCCGCGGUAACCCUGGUAUCCCCGGGCUGCCUGGUAUGCCGGGCCGCAGCGUCAGCGUGGGUUACUUGCUGGUGAAACACAGUCAAUCGGACCAGACACCCAUGUGUCCCGUGGGUAUGUCUAAGCUGUGGGACGGCUACAGUCUGCUGUACCUCGAGGGGCAGGAAAAGGCCCACAACCAGGAUCUUGGUUUGGCGGGCUCCUGUCUCCCUCGGUUCAACAGCAUGCCUUUCCUCUACUGCAAUCCUGGAGACAUUUGUUACUACGCCAGCAGAAAUGAUAAGUCCUACUGGCUGUCGACGACUGCUCCUCUUCCCAUGAUGCCCGUUGAAGAGGCAGAGAUCAAACCGUACAUAAGUCGGUGCUCGGUGUGCGAAGCUCCGUCAGUCGCCAUCGCAAUCCACAGCCAAGACAUCACCAUCCCGCAGUGUCCUGCAGGCUGGCGCAGCAUGUGGAUCGGUUACUCUUUCCUCAUGCACACAGCGGCAGGAAAUGAAGGUGGAGGUCAGUCCUUGUCAUCGCCCGGCUCUUGCCUGGAGGACUUCCGCACAACACCCUUCAUUGAGUGUAACGGGGCCAAAGGCUCCUGCCACUACUUCGCCAACGAGCACAGUUUCUGGCUCACCUCCAUCGAUCGGUCGUUCCACACGGAGCCGGCAUCAGAGACGCUCAAAGCAGGACAGCUCCUGUCACGCAUCAGCCGCUGCCAGGUCUGCAUGAAGAACUUGUGAGGGACUCCACGAGUCUAGUGUCGUCUUGCUAUCCGUGUACUAAAUCCAAAGCGAUGAUUUAAAUAUUGUCAAACUUUCCCACCAAGACACAGAGCUCAAGUCCGCUAUGACUAUGAGGCCUUGAGCUGUGAGUGAAAUGUCCCCCUGUGGAGAAGAUAAGAGAAGCCCCAUAACAAAGUCAACAGCUUUAUGGGAGAACCAGUAUUUUUUGUGUUGAAUGUGGAUUGGUGCUUACUGUUUAACUUAUUACCUCAGCUGCGAUGACAUAUCGUCAUCGAUCAGAGACCGUAUACUACAGCUGAACCAAAGACGCCCAUGUGUAUGCACUGCUUUAAUCUAUAUAGAUGUGUUUAUUGUUUAGGGUACACAGCCCACCAUAAAGCCACUAACACUGCUUCUCAGCCAGAUGAAGAAUGCCUCUGGAACAAUAAUUAUUUUUGUUAUGCUAUUCACAGUAUUAUCCUGCUUUUGUAUUAUUCUCUUUUCUUUUUAUGCAUUUAUCAACUAUUCGGAAAUCGCCUGUAACUCUUCAUUUUUCAAGCACCAUUAUGGUUCACACAAUGCACUGAUUCUGUUUGUAUUUAUACCAGCUGAAUGAACUUGACCGGAGGAGUUUAAACAUGUCUGAUCUAAUUCUCCUUUUUCCUUUAAAAAAGAUAGUAGUUAUUGAACUGCCAACAGGACAGAAUGUAAACGCCUCGGAUCGAAGGUCGGACUUCAGCUACGGUCACUGAUCCUGAAUAUUUAGAUAAUUUAGAAAGGGUUAGGGUUAAAUCAAAUCUUCUACUUCACUUGUUUGGAAAAUCGCCAAAUUAGUUUGGCUGGGGAUAUACUUACAAUUAACUGUGGUGUUAUUUGGGGAAUUUUCAUAAAUUUAUUUUAUUGUGAAGAUUAAACUUUGUUAUGAUUCA